AUGACAGUUCGAUACAUAGCGUUGUCAACGAUAGGGCUCAGUUCCAUAGCAGUAAUAUUUAGCGGUCUUACUUUUUUGACCCAACAAACAUUAACUAUAAAAACUCAAUGUUUUGCCAUUUCUACAUCCGCACUUAUAGAGGUUUUCAUCUGCGCAUGGCCAGCUGAUUAUUUAUUACGCACGAGCAAUGAUAUUGGUUAUGCUGGAUAUGAAUCAUCAUGGUACAGUAAAGAUAUAUCUUUACAGAAAAAUUUGUUAUAUACUGUAACGAGAUGUCAACAUCCUGUAACUCUAACUGUACCAUGUUUGCUACCGAGUCUUUCACUUAAUUAUUAUGCCUCUUUUUUAUCAACUACGUUUUCCUAUUUCACAACAUUUCGAGCAAUGCUUGCUAAAGAAGACGCGUUUUAA